GGGGAAGAAAGUGUUGUUCAAUAAAUAAUAAUAAUAAUUAAAAAAAGAAAGAAAGAAAGAAAGAAUAAAAAGAGAAAGAAGUGUGGCAUUGAAUCUGAGUUUGAUAUAACAGAAAUACCGGACAAAUUGAAAACACUCCCAAUACAGAGAAGGUUGGAGGAAAAUAAAAGAAAAACGAGAGAGAGAGAGAGUUCCAGAGAUCACAACAAACCUAAACGUUUGAUCUCAACAAUGGAAAUGCCCACCAAGACCGAUAACAGGACCGAACGAAGACGAAGAAUCAUUAGCAGAGAAAUGGAUCGAAUGGCUCUCAUCACCGGCCGUUUACCUAAUCUCCCUCCAUCCCCACCCCCUUCUCCAUCCUCACCUUCCCCUUUUCUUUUCCAUCAAACUCACCAACGCGGCCAUUCUCACACCGGAAUCUCCCCUUCCUUUUUCUCCAAGGACCUCCACAACCACAACAAUCCUGAUUCCCUUCCUUUUCCCAACGCCCAAGGUAUUCCCAAGCCUAAAGAUGCAAAAGCUACCCCUUUACUGAAGCGUUUGUCCAUGAGUGAAGCCCGAGAAGAAAAAAUUGCUGCCAUUGGAUUCCAAUUCAACCAUAAAAAACUCGACCCCAUAGGAGAAGUACACACUGAAACAGUAUCAACUCCAUCUGCCUCAUCAAUGGUUCAAAAAAUUACCUCCAUUGAUGACAAGAUACUUUUAAAAACACACCCUUCAAAGCCUAAACUCUUCACUUCAAAACGAAUAAAUGCCUCCAUUUUAGCUUCUCAAACCACACGAGUUUUCUGUUCCCUAAUCAUCGCAUCUUUGUCGGUUCUAUCGCACGUCAAUCACCCGCUUUCCAUAAUUUGGAACAUGGUGAGGUCGGAAAGCGUGGUGGCCUCGAAACCCCUCUACAUUCUACUGCUUACCGAUGCAACGAUCGUUUUGGCGAGAAUGUUGGCUGAAAGACAGAAAGACGGUGGAGUGGCAGAGGAAGAAAUCGAGAAAAUGAAGGAAGAUGGACGUAAUUGGGACUCAGCUGUGAAAGUCUUGGAGAGAGGUUUGGUCUUUUAUCAAGCUUUUCGUGCGAUUUUCAUUGAUUUUAGUGUUUAUGCAGUGGUUGUUAUUUGUGGCAUCUGUUUGCUGUAGCUUUAAUUUAUUGUCUUUUGGUUUUGAUAUAGUACGUGAUUGAACCAUCUUCAGUUCUUUGGAGCUUGGAAGAUGAAGCCCAUUUUGAAUGAUCUAUUUAAUUUGUUUGUUUUGAUUAUGCUUAAUUUCUUUCUUUGGAAGAAAGGUACAUAACAUAACUAUAUAUACAUAUUUUAAAAGCACCAUUUUGGUGUGCCUGCCUAUGCCCAAUCUUAGUUGUUGUUAAUUAUUAUUUGAAAUGUUAAAAGCUUUGGAUCUA